GUGCGUAUGUGUAAAUAUUGUCUCUCGCAGCUCGUAGGCGCAGGUGAGGGCUCCCCGCUUCACAAAUGUUGAUGUGAAUGGAGUAGCAUUGUGUAUUUAACUAGCCCAAGCUGUUUACUACUACUACAGCUGAAAGAGACCAAGCAAAGGUCUGAGUCUGGAGAAAGCAUCAGCUUUUGUCAAGCGAUUCCACUCAGAGACACGAUAUCUACUCGCCCAGAACGUCUCGACUUGCAUUGAUCCUUUAGAGGUGUGUCUGCACCGGCAGACGGUCCAAGACACAGUACACGUCUUCCAGCACAGCAUUCCCACAGAGGGCAAACCUAUCACCAACCAGAAAAACUCAGGUACCUCCACUGGAAAAGUGCAUCACCAAAGUCUGUGAAAAGGGGAGAUGUUGGAUCUUUUCAUGCCUCAAUGUCAUGCGUCUUCCAUUCAUGAAGAAGUUUAACAUUGAAGAAUUUGAAUUCAGUCAGUCUUAUCUAUUUUUCUGGGACAAGGUGGAGAGAUGCUAUUACUUUCUGCAUGCCUGUGUGGAGACAGCCCAGCGGAAGGAGUCAGUAGAUGGCAGAUUGGUUCAGUUCCUGCUAUCAAAUCCGACCAAUGACGGCGGACAGUGGGAUAUGCUUGUUAACCUUAUUGAAAAAUAUGGCGUUGUUCCUAAGAAGUGCUUCCCCGAGUCUCACAGCUCUGAGGCAUCCCGUAGAAUGAAUGAUAUCCUCAAUCACAAGUUGAGGGAAUAUUGUUUAAGGCUGAGGAACAUGGUGGACAGGGAAGCCACUAAAACUGAGCUGUCUGACUCUGUAGACACCAUGACUGAGGAGGUGUUUCGAGUGGCCAGUGUUUGUCUGGGCAGUCCUCCAGACACCAUCUGUUGGGAAUACCGGGACAAGGACAAGAACUUCCACCGCAUGGGCCCUUUAACUCCACUGGAGUUUUACACAAAGCACGUCAAGCCCCUCUAUAAUCUCCAGGACAAGAUCUGCCUCGUUAACGACCCUCGGCCCCAAAACCCUUAUGGAAAUCUGUACACUGUGGAGUUUCUGGGAAACAUGGUGGGUGGCCGCAGAACACUUUACAACAACCAGUCCAUCGAGCUGCUCAAGAAAGCUGCUGCAGAUUCCAUCAAGAGUGGAGAGGCGGUGUGGUUCGGCUGUGACGUAGGCAAACAUUUCCACAGCAAACUGGGCAUCAAUGAUAUGAAUGUGUUUAACCAUGACCUGGUGUUCGGCAUCUCAGUGAAAAACUUGUCUAAGGCGGAAAGGUUGAUCUAUGGAGAUUCCAUGAUGACCCAUGCCAUGAAUCUGACUGCUGUUACUGACAAGAAUGGAAAGGAGGGACGGUAUGAGAAGUGGCGAGUGGAGAACUCGUGGGGAGACGACCGUGGGAAUAAAGGAUAUCUGAUCAUGACAGACGAGUGGUUUUCUGAGUAUGUGUACGAGGUGGUGGUGGAUAAGAAUUUCCUCUCUCCUGAAGUGCUGGACGUCAUGCAGCAGGACCCCAUCGUCCUCCCGGCCUGGGACCCCAUGGGAGCCCUGGCAUAACCAUGGGAGCUGAAGGAACUGGUCUCAGCCCAGUCUCAUUGACUCUGCCUCCAACUGUUUUUACCCUAGUACAAUCUCUCACAAAAAGCCUACUCUAGAUAUAAAAAAAAAAAGAAUAAAAGGUUUUUAUUUUUAUUUAUUUUUAUCACUGUAGUCUGAGUGUUGAAUCAUUUUGAAUCACUUCAUCAAGUUUGGGGUCAGGUUCUUUUUUUUUCUUUUUUUUGUGGUUUUAUUCUGCAUGGAUGCAUAAAAUUUAUAAAGUUAAACUUGCAUUGCAAAAACAGUUUCUGGAAGAAAUGUAUCAUAGUUUUUUACAGAAAGCAGCACAACUGUUCUCAACAUUGAUAAUAAGAAAUGUUUCUUGAGCACCAAGUCUGCACAUGAGAAUGAUUUCUGAAGGAUCAUGUGACACUGAAAAAUGGAGUAAUGAUGCUGAAAAUUCAAUUUAGCCUUCACAGGAAUAAAUGAUAUUUUUCAAAUAUAUUGAAAUAGAAAAAAAGUGAUGUUGCAUUGGAAUAAUCUCUCAACAUUAAUGUUUUUACUGUAAUUUUGAUCAAAUAAUUGCAGCCUUGGUGAGCAUAUGAUAUGAAGCUUUAUCUUUAUUUUUUAUCUUACCUACCCCAAACUUUUAAACAGUAGUGUAGAUAUUUUUUAAUUGCCAUCAUUUAAGAAAGAUCCUUUAUUUAUGUUUUGUAGUACAUAAACCAACGAUUAGUGGGUCAUGUGCUAGAAUUUCAUUACAACAGCAUCCUAAAUGCAGCGGUCACCACCAACAGGAUUAUCUCUGAUCCCAUUGGAAGGCUCCCAACACAACAUAUGCUAAAUCAUGGCUUGAGAUCUGUGACUUUAUCUGGUGGAGUUCAGAACGUGCCUGAUGUUGCGUCUGCACCUCCUUAAGUAUUCCGUUUUAAAGCUAUCUUAUCUCUGCUGAUCUUUAUUUUAGUCUGAGUGUAAGAUCAGACAGUUUUAAGGGGCAUAAAAGAUCGAUUUGUAAUUAAACUUGAAUUGAGUUGA